GAAUUUUUCUUUCUCCCAACAUCAUCAUCUCCUCCCAGUCUCAGAACUGUUAACCCAAACCUUCGUACAGCGGAUCCAAGUCUACGGCAAAGUACUGUCAACCCCCAAUUCAUUUGCCUCGAAGAAACGCCUUCGUAUACGAAACCUCCGAAAGAAUAUGUCUCCCCGUCACCAAAGCCACCUGGACAAAUGUCCCGCCACAGUCCGCAUUCCUCCCAUCAACAUAUGGACGACGACAGAUGUCGCCGCGUUCCCCAAUGACCACACAUACCUCAGCAGCAUGUCCGAAUGCUGCGGCGAAACUGCCAACAUCACACUCUACAACAAGCGCUGUGCACGGUUCUGCAACACUAGCGGAAACACGACAGAUGUCGUCGACUGCCUGCAAAAUGCCGGUCUCACCAAAGCAACGAGUUAUCACAACGACAAUGGCGGGAAGAGCGCUGCCAGCUCGUUGUCGAAACCCGCCUGGGGCCUUAUCAUGAUGGUUGUAUGGAGCUUGAUCGCCGGCACGCUAUGAUGCUGGUUUUGAUUGGCCUUCAUGUUUAUUGUCUUCUUUUGUUUGGGAUGGGAUAAUGUCGGUGAUUUUGUAUCACAAUUUCC